AUGGCGGACGCCCUGGGGGCGCUUCCUCCUCCUCCCCCAGUACCGGAGUGCGAGUCCGGGAGGUCCUCGCCGUCCCACGUCGCGUCGCCCGAGUUCGAGUUCUGGAUGGUGGGCAGGAACCCGUCCCCGGCGCUGCUCACCGCCGACGAGCUCUUCUCCGGCGGCGUCGUGCUCCCGCUCCACACCCUCCAGGCGCCGGCCAACCCGGACAGCGACGGCGCGCCUCAGCCUCAGCCUCAAGCCGACGCAGACGACGCCGCGGCGGCGGACUUGAAGGGCGCGGGCACGGGCGCGGACGCCGCGGCGCUCCCGCUGCCUGAAGCGCAGGCGGAAGGGGAGGCCGCGCAGCCGCUCGCGGAGUCCGGUAUCGCGCCGACCCCGGACCUCCCCGCUGUCACGUUCAAGUGGAAGGACAUCUUCAAGGCGGGCGGCGGCGCUGGUGCCGGCGCCGGCGGCGAGGCCAAGGAACGCAAGAAGGUGGAGCGGCGCGUGAGCAGCGUCAGCGGGAACGCCGAGCUGAUUAACAUCAACAUCUGGCCUUUCUCCAGGAGCCGCUCCGCCGGCGCAGGUGCCGGCUCCUUGAGCAGGGCCAAGCCCAAUCCGAAUCCAAAUCCAAAUCCCAAAGCCGCCGCCGCCGCCGCCGGCGCAAGCGCCAGUGCCGGUGCGAGCGCCAACCCCAACGCCAAUGCCAGCACCCCGAGCGCGCCGCCGACCCCGGCGCCGGCUCCGCGCAAAGUGAGCAGCGCGCCGUGCUCCCGUAGCAACUCCCGCGGGGAGUCCUCCGGGCCUGUGCCAACCAUUCCCACCGCCACCGCAGUGGCAGUUGUAAUUGCAGCGCCAGAAGCACCAGCCGUAGAAGAAGACGCCGACGCGGCCACGCAGCCGCAGGCGGCGCCAUUGCCCGCUGCCGCCGGCACAUCCAGCGCCACGUCCAUGUUGAGGAGGUGGGUGCCCGGACAGGGCCGUAACAAUAAUAACGCAGCCGGGUCCGGCUCCGGCGGCAUCCGCGUCGGGCGGCCCAGCGCCGUGUGGCAGCUGAGGCGCAACAAGCUGCAGCGAACCGCCGCCGAGCAGAAGCAGGUGAGCGCCAAGAAGAAGGCGGCCGCGAGCCCCGCCCCGGCCUCGGCACCCACCGCGGCCGCGGCCGCAGCUGCAGCCAGCGAUGACAAGGCGGCGCCGAGCGUGGCCGCGCCAGCCGCCGGCUGCCGGAACAACGUGGAGGGCGCCGGCGAGGAAGGGAACCCGCCGCAGGGGCUCUUCGGGCUCCGGACCUUCUUCUCUAAGAAGGUGUACUGA